UCUCUCUCUCUCUCUCUUCCUACGUGUGUUUUUUGUGAGUUUUUGCGCAGACGAAUCGGAGUGCAGGAGGAAGCACCAAGGACGUCCUAUUUUUUUUUUUCUCGAGCCCCUGGAGCCCGAGAUGCGAGGGACGAGCAGUCAUUAGCCCUUCACCGCUGCCGCCCGCCGCAGGAGAACUUCGCUGGUCUUGAAGCCCGAGCCCUGCUCUCUGAUCCCCGCUCGUUGCGCGAGUGUCUGAGGACUGGAAACCGGUCGCCGGACGGAGAUCUCAAAACAAAGGAUUCUACUUUUCUGCAACUAUUGAAUGUAACAUUGAUCGGAUAAGGAAGGCAAGGAAUCCAAAGCCAUCAUCAUGAAUUUCGUUAUGAAGCAAGCGUUGGGGGGGGCCACUAAAGACAUGGGCAAAAUGCUUGGUGGAGAGGAGGAGAAGGACCCUGAUGCACAGAAAAAAGAGGAGGAGAGGCAAGAAGCACUGAGGCAACAAGAAGAAGAGAGGAAAGCAAAAUAUGCAAAAAUGGAAGCAGAAAGAGAAAAUAUCCGACAGGGCAUCAGGGACAAGUACGGCAUCAAGAAGAAGGAAGAGAAGGAGGCAGAGGCAGCGGCUGCCAUGGAGCAAGCCUCAGAGGGCAGCCUUACCCGCCCUAAAAAGGCCGUCCCCACCGGCUGCGGUGAUGAGGAGGAAGAGGAAAGCAUCGUGGAUACAGUCAUGAAAUUCAUCCCGGCUCCUCUGAUGGAUAUGUUUAACAAAAAGUAACAGGGGUUUUGUUGGAAAUACGGUUAACUCCUUACAACAUUCUUCUAAUUAAUGCUGUACCAGCCUGUCCCACUCCUACCUGCCAUUACACUCUUCUUCCACGCUUGUCCCAUCCCGUCAAACAAAAUACAAAGUGUCCUGGAAGUACGCAGCGUGCCAUGAUUUUGUGUCUGAGCUAAGCAGGCCAAUCUCAGACAGUGGUUCAUACUGUUAAUGUCACGAACAGUGUUUCUGACAGGAAAAUCUGUUAUCCUGUCUUAAAAAUGACAAAAACACCCACAGAGAUCCUUUUAUUUUAAGCUAAUCUGAUAACAUCUUCUCAGUCCAUUGCUCAGAAUUGGUCCAAACAUUACAGACAGCCACUUUUUUUGUUUGUAAAUAGCCUCAGUAAUAUAAAAGAGUACUAUAUAUAUAGAGAGAGAUGAGUGAAAUAUGACAUAUAACAAGAUAUUUAAGAGUAUAAGCCAUAUUUUUAACUUAUAGGAAAUUAUCCAAAUCAUAUCAAAUUUGAUUACAUUUUCCUUUUACGUUCCUGCUAGUAUUUAUUACAUACAGUGUACAUAGAUUCAGUUUUUUAUGGGUUCUCCAUCAUGCCCCUGGUUAAAUUGUUAAUGUUCUCGUUGAUUCACAGUGAGUGUGUAACUUGAGCACUAGAAAUGUGUAUAACACAGAAAUUUGAGGAUUUUAUUUGUAAUGAAACACGUUAUGAUUUGUUUAUUUUGUAUGCAUGCAGGUAAUUUCUAUGAAGUGCUGUGCAUAUAUGGAUUCAAUUUAAUUUGUACUGAUGAAAGAGAAGAUGUUGGUAUUUCAGGCAAUAAAUGGUCCUCCAAGACUUUUAUUUGAUUAAAACAUCAAUUAAACUUUAAUGUACAUUAGGGGAGAUAACUGACUAAUUGUCCAAAAUGUUCUUCCAUGGAGAAAUGUUUUCUUCAUAUGUAAAACUUGUCUUAAAGCAGGAGGGUAAAUUUCUUUACGUUCAAAAAAAAUUCACUGGUUAUACUAUAUUUGAUCGUGGCUGAUAAAAAUCUUCAGUUUUGUGUUUGCCUGUGUUAUUCAGUCUUCUUUUGAAUCAAGACGUGGCUGGUUAAUUUGAAGCUGUAUGUAAUACGUACUUUUGUGUUUUUUAUUGUAAAAACAAA